CCUUUUAUGCUUACCCUCAGAGAGACAAGUCAGUUUAGAGGUGGACAAGAUGGAAGGAUGCUGAAGACACUAUAUGAUUACUUCUGGUGGGAGCGAUUGUGGCUACCUGUGAACCUGACCUGGGCUGACCUGGAGGACCGUGAUGGGCGCGUCUAUGCCAAAGCUUCUGAUCUUUACAUCACCUUGCCCCUUGCCCUGCUUUUCCUCAUUAUUAGACACUACUUUGAGAUUUAUGUGGCAACACCGCUGGCUGCCCUCCUAAAUGUGAAGGAGAAGACUCGGCUUCGUGCAUCCCCUAACCCAACUCUGGAGAAUUUCUAUUGUACUAAUGGCAAACAGCCCAAACAGGCAGAGGUGGAGCUCUUGUCCCGGCAGAGUGGACUCUCAAGCCGUCAGGUAGAGCGAUGGUUCCGUAGACGGCGAAAUCAGGACCGGCCAAGCCUACUCAAGAAAUUCCGGGAGGCCAGUUGGAGAUUCACCUUUUAUCUUAUUGCUUUCCUUGCUGGUAUGGCUGUCAUUGUGGAUAAACCUUGGUUCUAUGACAUGAAGGAAGUAUGGAAAGGUUAUCCCAUUCAGACAACCAUCCCUUCCCAGUAUUGGUAUUAUAUGAUUGAACUCUCCUUCUAUUGGUCCCUUCUCUUCAGUAUUGCUUCUGAUGUUAAACGAAAGGAUUUCAAAGAGCAGGUGAUCCACCAUGUAGCCACCAUCAUCCUCAUCAGUUUCUCCUGGUUUGUCAACUACAUCCGGGCAGGGACACUCAUCAUGGCUCUCCAUGACUCUUCUGACUAUCUGCUAGAGUCAGCCAAGAUGUUUAACUACGCUGGAUGGAAAAACACAUGCAACAAUAUCUUCAUUGUCUUCGCCAUUGUCUUCAUCAUCACUCGGCUCGUCAUCUUACCCUUCUGGAUCCUGCACUGCACAGUGGUGUACCCACUAGAGCUGUAUCCUGCCUUUUUUGGUUAUUACUUCUUCAACUCCAUGAUGGGGGUGCUGCAAGUCCUGCACAUCUUCUGGGCCUACCUCAUCCUUCGAAUGGCCCACAAAUUUUUAACUGGAAAGCUGGUGGAAGAUGAGCGCAGUGAUCGGGAAGAGACAGAGAGUUCUGAGGGAGAGGAAACUGUCACUGGUGGAGGAAUGAAGAACCAUCAUCUAGCCAAUGGCCACCCUAUCCUUAACAAUAACCACAGAAAAAAUGACUGAGCCUGGGGUCCCCUACCGCCCCCCAGCCUGAUUUCAUAAAGCCAAGAAACCACCCCUUCCCACAAGGGGAAGACAUUCCUUGGUGGUGGAAGGGGGGGUUGGAGGUCACCAAAAUCUAAGGGUGGGAGUAAAAGGGUAAAUUUUCUCCCUUUCCUUUUCCUCCAGUUGCCCUUUUUCCUGGUUGCCCAGUUGCCUUGUAAACCAAACUCCUGUCCGUCUUGUAUGAGGGGUGUUGUCCAUAGCCUCUGUUACAGGGGGAGGUUUCCUCCCCCCUCCCUAAGCUGCUGGUCCUGUCAUCCAUUUGGGGGGGGCAGCAACCCCUUCCCCUCCCCCACCCAAAGCCUGGGUUCAGAGUGAGGGGAACAACAUUCCUGAACAUAGUUUCAGAUCCAGGGCUCCAGAGACAGUGUGCCUUACAUUCCCUUUUUGGGUCUCAUUCUGCCAAAGCUAGACCAUCCUUCUCCUAAUUAUUCCUGGCUCCCUGCUAAGCUGGGGACCAAAGCCCAGUUGCUUAAUCCUUCCUUUCCUCUAACCAGAGACAUUUAGAAUUUGGUUGUACCAGCUUGGGGGGGGGGAGAAGGGGGAGGCCUCAGCAAGAGGAUAUCACUUCCCCUUCUGCCACCCCUAGCCAGGACUCGCUUCUCCCCUCUCUUCCUUUUUUACUCUCCUCCUCCUCCUCUGUCAGGCUAGCUUGACUGAAGUGGGGCAGCAACUAGUUUUACUUAUUUAUUGUACUUUGGAGUUUUUCAGUUUGAAAGCCUGAACUACAGACAGACUAGGGAGAGGAGGGUGACAGACACUGCAGUAGAGAGGACCAUUUCAAACCCACAGACCAAAUGUUGUACUGUUUGUGUGUGUGUGUUUUUUUAAUUAAAAUAUAUUAAAGAUUAAAUAAAACAUGGCAACAGACAUGUGAGAA